CGGAGUUUGCUUGAAGGCAUCAAUUGACUUCUGUGAUCCUGGAGAUGCGGGUGUGAGGCCUUCAGGAGACGAUGGAGAAAAAAUGGACAUAUUGUGCUGUCUGUUCCAUCAUCCAGAUAUACUUUGUCGGGGGAGUAUGGGGGAAAGCAUUCAAUGAAGAAGACAUCUUUGCUUUCCCUGGCUCUGACGUCAACUUGACCUGCCAGACGUGGAAGAAAAAUUUGUUGGUGCAGAUGCAAUGGUCCAAGGUCACAGACAAGUUGGACCUGAUUGCCCUUUAUCAUCCCCAACAUGGCUUUCACUGUGCCAAUAACAGUCCCUGUGAGUUACUGGUGACUUUCACAGAAACUCCCAGAAAUGUGUUAAAAUGGACCCUGCACUUAUGGAACGUGUCCUCUUCAUUCACUGGGAAGUAUGAGUGUACCUUUACUCUGUUUCCAGAGGGUGUUCAGACUAAAAUCUACAACCUACUCAUUCUGACAAAUGUUACACAGGAUGAAUGGAGGAGCAGCCGUAUAAUAGAAGUACAGAUAAAUCAGACUCUGGAAAUACCAUGCUUUCAAAAUAUCUCCUCAGAAAUUUCGUCUGAGUUCACCUCUGCAUGGUUGGUGGAAGAUAAUGGAACUCAGGAAGUAUGUAUCACCCAAGGUCACUCCAUCAGCAAUUCCACACUAUUUAAAGACAGAGUCCAGCUAAUUACAGACUAUAAACUCUACCUCGCUCCAGUCCAAAUCCACGAUGAUGGCCGGAAGUUCACCUGCCAUGUUAUGGUCAGACCUGGCAAAAUCUUGAAGAGCUCCACUACGGUGAAAGUUUUUGCCAAACCAGAAAUCCCCAUGAUUAUGGAAAAUAACUCUAUGGAUGUCUUGGGAGAGAGAAUAUUUACCUGCUCCCUGAGGAAUGUAUUUCCCACAGCAAAUCUCACCUGGUUUGUAGAAGGAGGCUCUCCUCAAGGUGAAAAAGAAGAAGUAUACAUUACUAAUGAAGAGAGAAAAGACAAAAGUGGAUUUUGGGAGCUGAAGUCUGUUUUGACAAGGGUGUAUGGUAAUAAACCAACGCAAUCAAACAACCUGACCAUCUGGUGUAUGGCCGUAUCUCCAGUCCCCGGAAAUAAAAUGUGGAAUAACUCAUCUGAAAAGAUCACUUUUUCCUUGGGCUCCAUGAACCCUCCAACAGACUCUCCACUUAAUGUUGUCACAUCUACCGUUGGCACCCAAACUUCUCCAGCCAACAGCAUAUCUCCUACAAGAUAUCCAGCUACAUCAUCAACAGCCCUUGUAGAUGUGGGUACAUCGACUCCAAAUACCACUCCUCAAACCAGCAAUUCCAACGUGAGUACCCAAAGCCUCAACUACUUCUGGACCUCCAGCGGGAAAGAUCUCAAAAACUCAGCUCCAUGGAUGCCCAAUGAAACAGACAGUUCAUCCCCCACAGAUGUGGGCUCACCAAUUCAAGGUGAUAUCUUCAGCAGCACAACCAGAAGACUUUCAGAAGUUCCCACAACUGCCAAAUCUACUAAAAACAGUCAUAUCCAUAUCACUGGUAUUGUGGUUAAUGAACCUGAAGAUGGAAUGUCCUGGCCAGUGAUCGUAGCAGCUUUGCUCGCUUUCUGCAUGGCACUGUUCGGUGUUGGAGUGAGACAAUGGUGUCAGUACCAGAAGGAAAUGUGAGUAUACUACUGAAUCUGCAGGAACAGAGAUGCUUUCUCAGCAAAAAAUACUCAGCACUUGAAGUAUCGCUGCUAUACAGAGUUUCCCGCAUAUGUAACUGACGAAAUGCCGCUCAGAGGAGCUCAGAGAAGGUCCGCAGCUUGCCGAGUACCACACAGCUGGGAUCAGGGGCACAACUUCUGACUUGAUGUCCCCCUCUGUCUGUUCAGUCUGUGACGCUCGUCAGAUGGAACAAGUCAGUGGGCAUGAAAUGAGAACUGAGCCUUGCCUCACCUCAAAAACUAAAACUGAUUUUUCUUUUAAUCUUCAUUAUUUUUUCAUUUUCAUGCAUCUCUGAACUGCCUGGGCCCAGCUGGGCCUAGAUGCUCAAGUGUGAAAUUGAGUGAGAAAUGUAAUUUUAAGAAACUCCAUCUGCUUUUCAGCAGAAUGGGCUUUUACCGCCCUUUUUCCUUUUCCCCAAGGAGAAGAGAAAGUAAACAGUGGGUUACCCCUCUUUUGUCUUAUUGAAAUAUUUUCUAAAAUUCUUUUCCCUUCACUCAGCAAUCUGCAAUGACAUGCAUGAUUAAGCCUCACUCUUCUGACCUGGCCCUUUGGGACCCAGAUUAGGCCAUGGUUGGAGGAGAUCCCUGCAACACAGACAGCUUCUCUUCUACAUCUCUUACUGAUACUAUCAAAGAUGCCAGUGCUCACUAGUACCUUCUACUUAAAGUAUCCUUGAAGACUCUAUAAUCAUGUGCAGGGAGUGUUUCAUGGUGGGAAAAAAAAACUCACUGAUCCAGUAGUCAGAAAUUUCGGACUCUUACCCAAGGACUACACUUUGGCUACCAUAUACCUUGAGGAAUUCUUAAUUUCCCUGAAGAAACAGAGGUGCAGAUUUCUUAGAAAUUUUUCCACCUUUUGAUAUAUAUUGUCUACUUGAAAGCAUCAGAAAACCGUGUCAUAGGCAUUAGAUAUUUUUAGUAAACUGAGAAAAUGGGAAUCCGA